UAUUUGGGCCAUUUCAGCUCCACAUGUGUAUUUCAUUAAUUCUCAAAAAGUUUCGUUAAUUAUGAAUUAUGAAUGUUCAUUACAGUGAAUCUUUUGUUCCAACAGUUACAAUGGUUGGCAGUGUGCAUUAGCAUAACCCAUUUUCAAUGGCUCUUUCCAAUCCCACUGCUACUCUGUCAUUGAAAUGCAAAAUCGAUUCCUACCCAUCAAAGAAAAAUCUUCUAUUUCCAUCGUCCUCACGACAAAAAUCGAACACCCCUCACCUCGUAUUACAAGAAACUGAUUCUGCGAAGUGGAGGAACAUGGUUUCAUUUUUCCCAGGUUUUCUAACUAAAGGCAGAGAUGUUGACAGCCUCAAGCAGGAGCUCUAUGAAACAAUUGCACCCCUUGACAGAGGUGCUGAGGCUACUCCUGAGGAGCAACAACGUGUGGACCAGAUUGCUCGUAAACUUGAGGCUGAGAAUCUUGUCAAGGAGCCUCUCAAGUCCGAUUUGCUCAAUGGGAAAUGGGAGCUUUUGUAUACCACAUCUCAAUCGAUUCUGCAAACACAGAGACCGAAAUUCUUGAGACCAAAUGGAAAGAUCUAUCAGGCAAUUAACGUGGAUACCCUGAGAGCUCAAAAUAUUGAAACUUGGCCGUUCUACAACCAGGCCACUGCCAAUUUGGUGCCUCUUAACUCAAAAAGGGUAGCUGUCAAGUUUGAUUUCUUCAAGAUAGCGAAUCUGAUACCAAUUAAAUCACCUGGGAGUGGUCGUGGUCAAUUGGAAAUUACUUAUUUGGAUGAAGAUUUACGAAUAUCAAGAGGUAAUAGAGGUAAUUUGUUCAUCUUGAAAAUGGUGGAUCCAUCCUAUAGAGUUCCUCUUUGAUGUGGAUUCUCCAGUGAUCGAUUGUGGUGUCUCCAAUUUUCCCUUUUUAACAUUAAUUAAUGUUACU